AUGAACCUGGGCCGGGAGAACCCCGACGAUCUCAUAUGGGCGCUGUCACGGCCCAACCUGACAACCUGCGCCGUGCCCACCGACAUCCCGACGGCCGUGGGUGGCCGCGACGGCGGGGGGGCGACCGUGACGGCGCCGACCAGCGGCUUCGACGCCCCGGACCUCUCCGCCCUCAUGACGCGCAAGUUGACGUCGGUGACGAGGACGCCUACGCGGCCCGUCAGCAUCCCUACCGCGUCUCCGUCGGGCUCUGGCAACACGUCGUCCGGGCUGAGCAAGGGGGCCAUAGCAGGCAUCGCGGUCGGCUGUGGCAUGGCUUUCGUACUGGCGCUGGGGGGCUUCUUCUUCUUGUACGUCGCCGACGGAAGUAUCGUCGCCGACGAUAACAGCAACAUCGCCUACCGUGCCGCCUGUUGAGCUUGGAAACGGGACUGAGCUGCACAGCCCGAAUCACAACAGUAGUCCCACGAGGGGCAAGUACGAGAUGACGGCCACCCGCGAUGCAUGAUGAGAGAAUACCUCC